UUCUGGUUCUUGGCUUUUCCUGACAGGUUGAGAUGAUUGGAAUCUAGUAAGAUGUGGUAAAGCAGAAGUGUUGGGUGCUCCCUUGCACAGUAACUGUGGGAUUUGCUGUUCAGCUGUCUCUGACGUCCUUCACUCAGUGUGACCAACCUCAGGUGUAGCAGCCUUGCACAGAUUAAGCGCUGUACUGUAGGUACUAUAGUCUAAAACAAUAUUUCCUUAUUUAUAAAAAGCAAGUUGUGUUUACUUUAAACAUGACUAAUUUAUCCAGACUGUCUGUACAGUGCAAGGCCAUACUCAGUCUAUACAACCUGUUAGGCUCCUGGUCCAUUUGUCCCCACAGUAGCUAAAGACACAGGGUGUUUCUCAAUACCCAAAGAUCGUACUUGCUAACUUGCCUUCCAGGAAUGGACUUGAGGCACAAUGAAUCAUGGGAUUGGUCUUGUCUGAUGAGGAUGCAACCGAAGUAUCCUUGAUAUUUAUGGGCAGGGCAAGAACGACAUCUAGAUAUUUUUACCAUCCUCUGCACUUGCAUUCUUAGCAUUGAAACUGGUCUUCGGCGAUGGAAGAUGAUGUAAAAUGGGUACAUGAGAACACAAGUAUGGUCAAGUAGGCAUACUGAGAAACACCCAUGGUGGAGGCAGUUACUCAACCGGAGUGACAAUAAACCACGAGGAACACUUCAGUGAUUCUGACUUGGAUUAUGUCACUUUUCUUUUGGAUUAUGUCACAGUCUUUAUACGUUUAUACAAGUUAAUUCAAGGUCUAAUACAAUCAUAUUAUUCAAUAGCAGCAAGUCUACAAUGAGGGACCAUUAAAAAAAAUUCUGAAACAGAAAAAAACAAGCCAUUUGUGUAAUGUUCUGACUCAAGGAGAUAAAAUAAUAUCAGAUGCAAAGUGUCAUGAUUCUUACAGAACGCUGCAAGUAUUACAGAUAUACUGACCAUAACACCUGGUGAAACUGACCAUAACAACACCUGGUGAAACUGACCACCUGAUCAAACACAAGCACUGACCUUGUGCUUUUGGAAACAUGCUGACCUUGAUUAUAUCUAGGUAGUGGCAGGCGAAGGCAGGUCGUGUGAGUAUAAAAACACCCCAGAAGUUGUGGUUUUCAUGCAUUUUACGCACUUCUGAAAACAAUGAAGAGGCUCCUCCUUCUCCUUGUUCUUGUCUGUCCUUUGGUAAAAGGAUUAGAACCCCGCUGGGAAAAUAGUUAUGAUAAUCCUCUGAAUUUCAACUGCCCGUACAAACAAUCCAUUUCUAGUAUACAUAGCAAGCAUGACAAUGGCCGUGAGGACCGUUUAUGGGAGUUUCAGUGCAAGGACACCUUUACCUCAAACCCAGAGUGCUUCUGGACAAGCUAUGUCAAUAAUUUUGAUGAGGAGUUCACCUUUGUGUGUCCCAACAAGUACGUCAUGACGGGGAUGGCCAGCUAUCAUGACAAUAAACAUGAAGACAGAAGAUGGCAGUUUCAGUGCUGCCAAAUUUAUAACUACUGCAACAAUAACUGUCAGUGGACGCCUUAUGUGAACAAUUACGAUGAGGAAUUCACUUGGCUUGUUCCAAGUAUGAAUUACCUUGUUGGAGCUGAAAGUGUCCACCACAAUAAACAUGAAGAUCGUCGCUGGAAGUUCUACUACUGCACACGGAGCAGUUGCUGAUUCACCAAAUGUCUGAUAAUCAUCCACGUUUCUGAACAUCAUGAAUAAACACGGAAUGCAAAAUGCAAAA